UGAUAGUUUUAUACCCUUCGCUUCUUCGCCCACCGCUCUUCGCUCGAUGUUUUGUUAGGGAAGGUGGCAGAAUUUAGCCAUUGUCGAGAACUUUGAUGCAAAAACUUAAUUUACGAACCCUAUAAACACACAACUAGCUUUUUUAACCAUAAAAUAGCCCGCUUGUUGAAGGGGAGCGAAUGAGUUGAUGUACAGAGCUGCGACUUGGCCGAAUUUGCACAUCCAAGAUGGCGGGUACGAUUGGGCCGCGUUUUAAACACAUGGAACCAAAACUUUAGACAAUCAACGAUUCCUGAAGUAUUUUUGCUAGAGCGAUAAUUCAAGAUAAAAAAAAAUGCAAAAAGACAGUAAUACUGCAUCUAAGGAAUACAGACUUAUUCAACUACAGAUUGAGAGACUCCAGCAGGAAAAUAAGAUGUUGAAGCUCAGAGCGCAAGGUGUAAGUGUUCUAGGAAAAGUACUUCAGGAGUCUCACAAGGAGAACUCCAAUCUCAAGCAGGAAGUUCUUGAGCUCAAGACCCAGCUAGAGCAUGGAGGAGUGUCCCCUCUCCACUCGCUGUCAUUGCCACAGCAACCCGAUCCUGCCACUCAUGAUCAGCAGAAAUCCACAUCAAUGCCACAAGUGCAGACAGCCACAGAACAGACAGCCCGUUGUUACUUGUCAAAGCCUGGUGACAAAUCUUUUCACAGUUUGCAGGAGUCCUUUGGAAGUAAUACAUUUGAGUAUGUAAAUCUCCCUAAACCUGAUCAUGAGCCUAAACUGGAGUAUUCUAUGACAUCACUGGCUCUGGGCGCAGACUUGCACAUCAAGGAACUCAAGUCUAAAUUUGGGACAUUGAAAGAAGAGUUAGAUGAGCUGAUUCAGCAAGUAACUGCAGCUCUAGAGCAAGCCAAGAAGUUUUCAGGACAGACUGAAGAUGCAGAGCAUAUCAUGAUGCUGGCACGACUGCUUGGUCGCCUUGAGAAGCAAGGCAAAGAAGCCACAACUAGAGAAUCUCAUCUCUUGGGACUUGCAACUGAAGAGGAGCAGCUGAAAGAAAAGUUCCAUGCCAUUGAGACAGAGCAGCUCUCCCAAGAGAAAGUCAUUACUGCACUUCGGAAACAGAUGGAGGAGGAGAAACAGGAGUUUGAGCGUGUCCGAGAAGAAGUCCGCUUCAUGGAUGAGGUUGUCAUGGUUAAGAAAGAAGAUAUCCCAUCUACCCGAAGCCUGACUUCAUCAUCAUUUACAUCAGCUUCAUCGGAAAGUUCAAAAAAAGCACCUGGUUCACAGUAUCAGGAGUUGCACCUGCAAGGACAUGCUCAAGCAGGGACCUCCAAAAGCUGCAACUGUGAUGCUGAGUACAAGAGACAACUGGAACACUUACAAGAGCAACUGGAACAAGUCCGAAACGAGCGCAAUGAAGCUAUACGCCUGAAAGAAGAGAUUGUGGAUGUCAACCAUGCUUGGGAUGUCCAGUACAGGAAGCUCGAGGUGGAGACAAACAACCAGAUAGGGGACCUGAAAAAACAACUUGAGAUCCUGAAAAGUGGAGACCAGCAGAAGCGGUUUGAUACACUCUGGGUCAAAGCCAAAUCCAUGAUGGAUGAAGAAACAAAGCACAAAGAAAACGCCAUAAAAAGAAGCAAAGAAUUUGAGGAAAGAAGUCAUUACUUUGAGUCCCAAUGUUCUACCCUAGCAAAGGAGCUUGAACAGCGAAACAACACUAUCAUAAUGCUUGAGGCCAAGCUGCGAGAGCCAGCCACAAGCCCAUCUGGAUGGACAGACACACAGAGCUUUUGGGACCAGGUUGGUCAGCAGCAAAAGUUUCCCAGUGCUCUGCCCUCUGCCCCCCUUACUGAGCGCGUCGAGCCUCAAGUGAGCCAGGAGGAGUCCCUCCCCCCUGCCAGCUUUACACAGGGAACGCCAGCCGAUAUUAUCAAUGAGAUCGAGGUCUUGAAGCAGCAGCUGCGUGUUUAUGCUGAUGACUUCACCAGCGAGAGGCAGGACCGAGAAAGAGUCCAAGCUGAGAAGGAGAAGAUUAGCGAGCAGCUCAAAGCCGUCAAGGAACAAGUACUUGCUCUUGAAGAACAGCUUCGUAUCUACGAGGAAGACUUCCGUCGGGAGCGUCAGGAAAAAGAGCGAUUACAGCGCCAGCUCCAGUUAUCCCCGGGAGCCAGAGCAAUGUAUGUCACACAACGUGAAGAUGACGAAUCAGUAUCACGCAAGGCCCAGGCAGUGGCCGAACGCCAAGCCAGACUUCGCAACUUGCGCGAGCAAUAUGACAUGGAGGAACGCAGACUUAUGCAACAGGAGCAAGAAUUGCAGCAGGCAUCUCAAGCCAGACAGCCUUAUGAAUCCACGUACCCUCCUUAUGGAAGAGAUGAACGCCGCCCAUAUGUUCCCCAAUGGAGGCAGCAGCCGCUGCGAGCCCGCGGUAUUAGUGAGAUAUUUCGAGGCGCGGAGGUGAUUCCUGACACGGGGGUUGGGGAAGAGGUUGUCGAUUCUGCCGGAAGUCAGCCCAAGUCUCCGCCGUCCAGCCCUUUAUCUUGCCCAAGGUGCUUGAAGAAGUUUCCAAAGGGUGACCACAGCGGCUUAAACGCACACGUGGACAAGUGCAUCGAUUAGAAAUCCCGGUAUUUGUCGGGAACCGAAGGUGUCACGGACAGCCAAGAGUACAGCCAAACUCAUUCCGUUGUGUUCUCCGGGAUUUCCUCAAAAACGUUUCAAGUGUUUGUGGCUAGCUUUAGCUAUCCACUAUGUCAUCGUCUCGAGUGCAUGAGUGUAAACAUUAGAUAAAACACGAAAAGAGCAAAUGUUUGCUGUUAUUUUUGUUCAAAUCAAAGAAAGUGUGGGUGUGUGUGGUGGUGGUAGUGCUUUUUAAAGUAUUAUUAUACUAAGAAAUAACCUAGAGAUAUUUGAUAUUUGACUAAGAAAUAACCUAUAGAACUUUGAUUUGUAUUUACAACUGUAAUGUUGUAAACAGCUGCAGUAGCUACAUGCACGUUUACGGGUCUAUUUCAUUUUCAAUGAAACUAUGAGACUAUGUACUUUCUGUGAAAGUUUCUUUAUGCCCGGUAUUUUGUUAGUUAGUUAGCGUGGGUUUUUUCUGUUCAUUGAUGAGUAUGUCAUUGAUGUCAUAACCUUUUGCUUUUACUUAAUUAAAAUUGCAUUACAUGUGUGAAAGAUGUAAGGAUACGGAUAUGUUUCUAUCCUUUAAAAUUUACAACACAGUUUAACAUUGUAGUACUAGCAGCAUGCUAUUUGACCAAGGUUGCACCAUAGUCAGUCUACUCUGGUUGCACUCGAGAACCCAUGUAUUGUAUCCCGAACUGGCUCAUGGCUAACGUAUAAAUGGCUAGAUAUUAACAGGUUCAACAAGAAUGUAACAACUUUCAUAACCUGAGAUUUUUUAUUUACCAAUAAAGCACUGCGGGUUAAGACCCAUGGAUUUA